UGAGGCCACCCCCUCCACCCCACUGCCAGUCUUGUAGCGAGCGACACACCCACAGGGAGCCGCAGAGAGCCACCACCACCACCCAACGCCACCAGAGAAGGGGCAGAGGACAGGAGGGACGCGCGCCAUGGGUGAGGAGGAGAAGAAGCCCAAGGAGGAGGAGAAGCCCAAGGAGGAGGAGCCGAAGGAGGAGGAGAAGCCCAAGGAGGGGGAGGAGGAGAAGCCCAAGGACGACAAGCCCAAGGAGGGGGAGGGCGAGGGGGAGAAGCCCAAGGAGGAGGAGGCGGCGCCCCCGCCGCCGCCGCCGCCGCCGGAGGAGGUCGUGAUGCGCGUCUACAUGCACUGCGAGGGCUGCGCCAGGAAGGUCAAGAAGAUCCUCAAGAGAUUCGAUGGGGUAGAGGACGUCAUUGCUGACUCCAAGGCACACAAGGUGGUUGUGAAGGGAAAGAAGGCUGCCGCCGACCCGAUGAAGGUGGUGGAGCGUGUUCAGAAGAAGACGGGCCGCAAGGUGGAGCUCCUCUCGCCGUUACCGCCGCCGCCGGAGGAGAAGAAGGAAGAGGAGAAGAGGGAGGAACCUGAGCCGCCGAAACCUGAAGAGAAGAAGGAGCCAACGGUGAUCUCCGUGGUGCUGAAGGUGCACAUGCACUGCGAGGCCUGCGCGCAGGCGAUAAAGAAGAGGAUCGAAAAGAUGAAAGGAGUGCAAUCUGCAGACCCAGACCUGAAGGCGUCUGAAGUGACGGUGAAGGGCGUGUUUGAGGAGGUCAAGCUGGCUGAGUACGUGCACAAGCGCACCGGCAGGCAUGCGGCCAUUAUCAAGUCCGAGCCGGUUGCCCCGGCCGAGAAGGCCGGCGAAGGCGACGCCAAGGAUGAGAAGAAGGCAGCCGAAGGCGGCGAAGAGAAGAAGGACGACAAGGAGGAGAAGAAGGACGACAAGGAUGGCGCUGCAGACGAGAAGAAAGAGGAGAAAGACAAGGAGGAUGGCGGCGCCGGCGGCGAGGAGAAGGAGAAGGAGAAAGACCCCGGCGCCAUCGCCGCAGCCAACCUCUACAUGCACUACCCGCAGUUCGCGUUCCCGGGAGGGUACUACCCGCCGAGGCCGGGGUACGCCGCCUACCCUCCGCUGCCGGCCUACCCGCCGUACCCGCCGCAGAUCUUCAGCGACGAGAACCCGAACGCCUGCUCCGUCAUGUAAAAAAGGUUAGAACCUUGGUGGUCUAGAGUGGAAAACAAAUAAGAAGGGGAGAAGGGACUGCAUGAGUUGAGGGGUGCCAUGGCAGCAAAAAUGCCCUCGAGCAAAGCAAAUGGCAGCAGCUUGAAGAAAGUACCAGGCUUUUUUGCGGUCAGGUUUUCCUUUUUUUUGAACCUUUUAUGUUUUUACCGUCUGGUAUAAAGUAAGUCUGGACUUCCUUGUCAGUUGAUGGAUGUUUUCAUCUUAUGUAGAUUUUUCUUUUUGCCUUGUACCGAACUUAUGUAAAAACUGUUAUUAUAGUAUAGUAAUUCUCUCCAUCUC